UGACUCUCAAUCUCACACAUCAUCGUCGUCGUCGUCAUCAUCACCACGACAUAGCAUACACCCACCUCGCACCUCGGAGCAAUGGCAUCCCUUACGGCCAGCGUGGCCAGACGGGCCUUCUCGCAGUUUGCGCCCGCGAGCACAAGCGCAGCCGCAGCCACGGCCACCACCAGCGCAGCCUCCUCAUCCAGCGCAGCUCCCGCUCCUCCCCCGCCACAACAACGCAUCCCUAAUAACAUUCCUCCGCGCCAAAAGGCAGACCGACUCAAGGGCAAGGCUCGCUGUGUUAUUCGCAGCCAUGUCGGCUCCACACCCCUCCUCGUGCCCCCUCAGGCCUCCUUCGAGUUCCUCUGUUACCCACCGCACACUAACCCGACGAAGAGUAUGCCAAAGACCCUCUUCUUUGCCACGUCCGUCCGGGUAAAAGGACCGCUGGGAGAGAUGUUGGUGCCGCAUUUCGACCAAAUCGCUAUCAGGAAGGCCGAGGAACAAGGCAAGGCUGGGAGUAGCAAGGGGAAUGAGGCAGAGGAGGGGUAUGUGACAUGGAAUGUCCAAGCGGGGACACCGCGGAAGGAUGGGCACAACUACUUGAACGGUCGAUGGGGUCUCACUCGGCAGCUCCUGUACAACGCCGUCAAGGGAGUAACGGAAGGUCACUCGAUCGUGCUGCGCCUCGUCGGUGUAGGGUACCGGGCUACGGUAGAGGACGAAGACAGGCAUGUCGAGUCUGAUCUUGAGAAGUGGUUCAAGCCAGGUACGAGGACCUUCUUCGUUUCCAAGGUACAGGAGGAGGCGUACAGGAACAUGUUGGCGGCGGAGAGGGAGAAGAAGGAGCCGUGGAAGAGGUUGGCGUUGAGACUUGGCUACUCCCACCCGGUGCUUAUGACGAUCCCCCGCGGUAUCACGGCAUCGACACCCACGCCGACCCGCAUCGUACUCAAGGGCGUAGACAUUCAGCAGCUCGGCCAAUUUGCAGCCAAGCUGAGGGCAUUCAGGCCGCCAGAGCCGUACAAGGGCAAGGGUGUGUUUGUCAACGAUGAGCAGAUCAAGCUGAAGAGCGCCAAGAAGAAGUAGAGCGCGCAAUUUCGGGGCGCACUCGUAGUAAUAUCAUUUGCGUUGUACAUGAUUAUACGGCGAGGCCCAAG